AUGGAGGGAAUUCUAGUGUUUGAAGGCGACUUUGACGUUGCUCUGUUCGACAACGUGGUCAAGGCCUUCUACCGAGGCACCAAUGCCACCGAGCGAAAGCAGGCCGAGCAGGUGCUCAACCAGUUCAAGGCCCACAACGACGCCUGGCUCAAGGCCGAUCAGAUUUUAGAAAAGUCCACAGAGUCCGAGUCCAAGUAUAUCGCCCUGUCCAUCCUCGACAACAUGAUCAAAACCCGAUGGAAGCUGCUGCCCCAAGAACAGCGACUGGGCAUUCGAAACUUCCUCGUGGCGCUCGCAGUCGGCCUCUCCAACGACGACGCCACCUUCAAGAGCCAGCGGGCCCUCAUCAAGAAGUACGACCUCACCAUUGUGCAGAUCCUUAAACAGGACUGGCCCCAGGAGUGGCCCAACUUCAUCGACGAGAUUGUCGAAUCGUCGCAAAUGUCCGCCAACAUCUGCGAAAACAACAUGCUCAUCCUGCGAUACCUGUCGGAGGAGGUCUUUGACUUCUCCCAGGAAACCAUGACCCAGGCCAAGACCAACACCCUCAAGUCCCAGAUGGUCUCCGAGUUCUCCAAAAUCUUCGAGCUGUGUCUCAAGGUGCUGGAGAAGGCUGAUCGACCUUCGCUGAUCCAGGCCACCCUGCACUCCCUGCUUCGAUACCUCGGCUGGAUCCCUCUGGAUUUCAUCUUCAAGACCCCCGUGCUGGAGCUGUUGGUCAACAAGUUUCUAGAGCCUGAGGAGUUCCGAGACUUGACUCUCAAGUGUCUCACCGAGAUCUCGUCUCUGUCCACCAAGGACUACGACCAGCAGUACUUCGCCAUGAUCACCGGCGCCCUCGGCAUCAUCAACCGGGUCAUCCCCCUGCAGACGGACUUCAAGGCCGUCUACGCCGAGGCCAGCACAUCCGACCAGGAGUACAUUCAGAACCUGGGUAUCUUCCUCACCUCGUUUCUGACACACCACCUGGACCUUGUGGAGCGACAGGAGAGCCAGGACCUGCUCAUCAACGCGCACAUGUACCUCAUCAAAAUCUCCAAGAUUGAGGAGCGAGAGCUGUUCAAGGUGUGCCUGGACUACUGGGGACGUCUCGUCUCCCAGCUCUACGAGGAGAUCCAGAGUCUGCCUCUCAACGACCUCAACUCUGUGUUUGCUCAGAACCCCUUUGGCCAGAACCUGAACGCCCAGGGUGCCAUUGCCCCCGAGGUGCUGCAAAACUACAACCUUCGAAAGCACAUGUAUGGCCCCGUUCUGUCGCAGCUGCGUCUGGUGAUGAUUGAGAAUAUGGCCCGUCCCGAAGAGGUGCUCAUUGUGGAGAACGACGAGGGAGAAAUCGUGCGAGAGUUCUUCCGAGAGUCCGACACCAUCAUUCUGUACAAGAGCAUGCGGGAGGUGCUGGUCUACUUGACCCACCUGGACGUGUCUGACACCGAGCGAAUCAUGUCCGACAAACUGGCCCGACAGCUGGACGGCUCUGAGUGGUCUUGGAACAAUCUCAACACCCUCUGUUGGGCCAUUGGUUCCAUUUCGGGUGCCAUGAACGAGGAGCUGGAGAAGCGGUUCCUCGUGUCCGUGGUCAAGAAGCUGCUGUCGCUGACGGACCAGAUGCGUGGCAAGGACAACAAGGCUGUGGUCGCCUCAGACAUCAUGUACAUUGUCGGCCAGUACCCCCGAUUCCUCAAGGCGCACUGGAAGUUCCUCAAAACGGUCGUCAAGAAGCUGUUUGAGUUCAUGAAGGAGACCCACGAGGGUGUCCAGGAUAUGGCCUGUGACACCUUUAUCAAGAUUGCGCAAAAGUGCAAGCGGCACUUUGUGGCCCAGCAGCCCAACGAGACAGAGCCUUUCAUCGAUGAGAUCGUUCGAGAUCUGGGCGAGAUCACCGAGGCGCUGCAGCCCUCGCAGGUCCACACGUUCUACGAGGCCUGUGGCCAUAUCAUUUCCGCCCAGAACGCCCGAGCCAUUCGAGAACGGCUGCUUUCUGAGCUCAUGCGACUCCCCAAUCAGGCCUGGGAGCAGCUCAUGAACCAGGCUCGAAACGACCCUGACAUUCUGUCCAACCCUGAGCCCGUCAAGACUUUCUCCAACGUGAUGAAAACCAAUGUGGCCACCUGCACCGCUCUCGGCGCCGGCUUCCAGCCCCAGCUGAAGCUCAUCUACAUGGACAUGCUGCACCUGUACCGGGCCGUGUCCAGCACCAUUUCCGAGGCAGUGGCUUCGCAGGGCCAGAUUGCUACCCGAACCCCCAAGGUUCGAGGUCUGCGAACCAUCAAGAAGGAGUCGCUGAAGCUGAUCCAGACCUACGUCUCCACCGCCGACAACCUCGAGGAUGUGUCGCAGAACCUGGCGCCUCCUCUCUUCCAGGCCGUCCUGGAGGACUACAGCUCCAACGUGCCUGACGCUCGAGACGCCGAGGUGCUCAACUGCAUGAACACGGUCGUGACCCGCGUGGGCGGCCAGAUUCCCGACGGAGUUGUCAUGAUUCUGCAGAAUGUGUUUGAGUGCACUCUCAACAUGAUCAACACCAACUUCACCGACUACCCCGAGCACCGAGUUGGCUUUUUUGAGCUGCUGCGAGCCAUCAACCUGUACUCGUUUGCUGCCAUUGUUACUCUUCCCGACGAGGGCUUUUCUCUCGUGGUGGACGCGUGUCUGUGGGCUUCCAAACACGAUCACCGAGAGGUGGAGUCUGCAGGUCUGGCUCUGACAUACGAGCUGCUGCAAAACGUGUCCGAGAAGGCCACACCUGAGUUUGCCGCAAAGUUCUACCAGAACUACUUUUUCAACAUUCUGCAGGGUAUGUUCCAUGUGCUCACAGACACGGACCACAAGGCCGGCUUCAAGCAGCAGUGCCAGGUGCUGGCCAAGCAGAUUGAUCUGGUCGAGUCCAACGCCAUCUCGGUGCCUCUGUACCAGCCCGGCCAGGUGCCCGAUGGCACGUCCAACUCUGUCUAUCUGCGGCAGUACAUGGGCCACAUGCUGCUGGAGGCCUUCCCUCAUCUGACCGAGGGCCAGGUGUCCAACUUCAUUGAGGGUCUGUUUGCAUUACACAAGGACUUCCCCCGGUUCAAGCUCAAUCUGCGAGACUUCCUGGUGCAGAUCAAGGAGUAUGGCGGAGGCAACACGGAGCAUUUGUACGCCGAGGACAAGGAGCGGGAUCGGGUCGAGGCCGAGCGACAGAACAAGGAGAAGGCUCUCAAGAUUGGCGGUUUGGUCAAGCCCGCCGAUAUGGACGAGGAUUUGUAG